AUGGAGUCGUCGUCGGAUUCCAACGACCCUUCUUAUCCUCCUUCUCCGGCUCCACCACGGCGGCGCCGCCGGACCUCCGCCGCCCGGCAGCUCUCCGACAGGAUUGGCCGCGCGCUCGGCCAUCGCCUGCGCCUCCUCCACCGCUCCGGCGCCGACUUCUUCGUUCUCGGCGUCACCGGCAAUGUCUACACCGUCACCAUCGCCGCCAACCCCAGCUGUUCGUGCCCCGACCGGGCGGCGGCUCCCUGCAAGCACACGCUCUUCGUCUUCCUCAGGGUCCUCUCCCUCUCGCUCGACGACGCCUGUCUCCAGCGGAGGACCCUCCGCCAACCGCAGCUCCGCCGCCUGCUCGAAACCCCCACCUCGCCGGAAGCCCUCGCUGGGGCCCGCGCCCGCGAGAGGUUCCACCAGCACUUCUCCGACUCCGGCGGAGGCGGCGGCGCCCCUCAGCAGCAGCCGCGCGGCGGCGACUGUCCGGUGUGCCUGCAGGAGAUGGAGCGCGAAGGGGAGGCACUGAAGACCUGCGCCACCUGCGGCAACUCUCUGCACGAGGGUUGCUUCCUCCAGUGGAGGAGCAGCCGUGGGAGGAGGGCGGCAACCUGCGUGCUGUGCAGGGCGAGGUGGAAGGAGAGAAAGGAAACGGAAAGGUACCUCAAUCUCGGGGCGUACAUCGGCGAGGACGAGACGGCGGCGACCGUCGGAGGGUCCUCCUGCGCAGGUUGA